CGGCUUCUAACAACCACAACAAAGGAGGCGACUGAAAAAAUGCACAACGGCUGUUUGUUUUUGCGCUGCACUUAGUAAUUAAAUAAAUCCUGCCAAGAUGCCGAUUAUGUAUAAUACUGGAGAGUGGUUCAAGGUGCGACCAGACUACUAUAGAAAAGUGGAGCUGGCGACACCCGACUGGCCGAUCGAUAUUGAUUUGGAGUAUAUGCAACUGGUUGCAGCUCCAUAUGGUGGUCCUUUGGCAGUCAUACGUGAUAUGGCGCAGCUAGUGCCAGUUCAGGGUAGUUCCCGGUCGAUGAUAAGGAUUUUUGAUACCACCGGUAAUGAGACUGGUCACAUAUUGUGGAAUCAUGGUAAACUCAUCUCUAUGGGCUGGUCAGACACAGAGGAGCUCAUUUGUGUUCUGGAGAAUGCCAAAGUCUUUGUGUUUGACAUGUUUGGUAACGAGAAGGAGUCCUACAGUAUUGGCGGCGAGGCGAGUGUCAUUAAGAUUCUGGAGGCCAAAGUCUUUCAAUCUGCGGCCGGCACUGGUGUCGCCGUGAGGACCACAUCUGGUCGCAUCUUCCUAAAGCAGAACAGCAACAAAUCGGAGCGCAAGCUACCCGACUUACCAAAUUCGAACGUCAGCUGUUCUUGCUGGGAGAUAAUUACAGAAGGACGCAAUAGUUAUUGCUUGUUGGGUCGGGAACGUGAAGUUAUUAAGCUAAUGCACGGUCAGACAGUGGGUACUAUAACAGCGAACUUGUUUGAGAAACCGUAUGAUCGAAUCAUCAAGAUAUCGGCAUCGUACAACCAUCAGCAUUUGGCAUUGUACACAAACACUGGAUUGCUUUGGCUGGGCAGCGUUGAUAUGCAGCAAAAGUACUGUGAAUUUGAUACUGGACGCAAGGAUAAGCCGUUGCAAAUUGAAUGGAUUAUGAACACGCACAACACAGAUGCCGAUGCUGUCGUCAUUUCAUAUCCAUCGUAUCUGCUGAUUGUAAAUCGCAAUGCGGAUCGUAGUGAAUUCCCCUACGAUCCCAUCAUGUUCCUUGUAGCCGAAAUGGAUGGUGUGCGCAUCAUAACGCAGAGUUCACAUGAAAUGAUACAACGUUUGCCCAAAUGUGUGGAGAAUAUAUUUGCGGUGAACAGCCAAGCGCCGGCCAGCUAUCUGUUUGAAGCGCAGAAGAAGUUCGAAGAGAAGUCCUAUAAAUCGGAUGAAUAUCUGAGCAUGUGUCGAUCCAACAUUGAAUUGGCUGUCAACGAAUGCAUCGAGGCGGCUACCUAUGAGUUUUGCCCCGAGACGCAAAAAAGUUUAAUGCGGACAGCAUAUUUUGGCAAGGGAUUCAUUCCGUCACAUAAUCCAGAAGAGUAUAUGCACAUCCUAAGAAUAUUGCGAGUUUUGAAUACGUUGCGGCACGAGAAAAUUGCCAUCCCGCUAACUUAUAAACAAUUCACGCAUCUGAAACCUGAGGUCAUUCUUAGCCGUUUGGUCUUUCGCAAGCACUAUGGUGUGGCCAUCCAAGUAGCAAAGCAUCUAAAGCUACCCGAAUCUUGGAUUCUAGAGCAUUGGGCUUACCAUAAAAUUAUGCAUGAUCCGAACGAUAAUGAGGUGGCUCGCAAGAUUACGGAGAAGUUCAAGAAUCCUUCCAUUGAGGGUAUUUCCUACUGCAACAUUGCUGAGAAAGCGCAUCAAAGCGGACGCGAUAAGCUGGCCAUCAUACUGCUGGAGAUGGAGCCGCGUGCUUCAUUGCAGGUGCCGUUACUGCUCAAGAUGGAAGAAUUUGAACGAGCUGUUGCCAGUGCCACACAAUCUGGGGAUACUGAACUAGUGACAUCGGUGCUGCUGGAAAUCAAGAAGAAAAUGAUGCUUUCCAAUUUUCAUAUGCUAAUACGUAACUAUCCCUUGGCUUUGAAUAUCUAUAAGAAAAUUAUGUCAGAGUCAAGUCGAACUGCACUUUACGAUAUCUACAACACUGAGGAUGAUCACAAGUCCAUUGCUGAAUAUCAUUUCAAUAAUGCAAUUGAUAGCGAAGGACUCGAAUCAAAUCUGUCGCUAAUUGGCAACAGCUACUCGCAGGGUCGUUGCACUGUGGAGGCUGAACUAUGCGCCGACACGGCACGCCUCCUUAAAAUGCAAAAAACACAUGCUAAUAAACCGAAUGGCGGCGAAUCUAUGAGUGGUCUAUCUAUACAUGAUACUAUGUUGGAGCUGCUGAGAAGAGGUGAACUCAAAGAAGCCGAGAAGAUGAAAACCGAUUACAAGGUGCCGGAUCGACGUUUCUGGUGGAUGCGUAUACUGACCUUAGCCGAGAGACACAACUGGACGGAGCUAGAAAAGUUCUCAAAAAGCAAAAAGAGUCCCAUCGGCUAUGAACCUUUCGUAGAGGUUUGUGUGCAGCAGGAAAAUGCAAAGGAGGCACAAAAGUAUAUUGCACGUUGUCCAGAUCAACGCAAGGUGCAUUGGUACAUGCGAGCCAAUUUGUACGAUGAGGCCAUUGAUUGCGCCUUUGAACAACGAGACAUGCACUGUCUGUAUGAGCUGCAGUUGAAGAUUCGAGUGUUAAGAGAUCAGGGACUGAUCGAAAAGAUCGGUAAUGCGAUUGCCAUGCUAGAAGCGAGAAGAUGAAGAAAACAUUCCCCAAACAUAAUAUAUGACUAUUUAUUAUAUGUUCCAUCGAUUGCUGUAAUUUAAUUAUCUGAGCCGGGGUAGCUCUUAUACCAUAUUACUAUCUCAACUUCGAUUAUAAAUAUACCCAAUAAAAUUGUUAAUAUUGAAAGUGAA